GCUGGCUGAGGGACACACGCAGCCAUCUACGGUGUCACCCGCGUGCGUGUGUGUGUGUGUGUGUGUGUGUGCUGUCAUUCCGAGUGGUGAUCAGAAGAACAAACCACCCAAAGCAAAGUGCAGGAGCCGACCAGGCAGCAGACUGGCCUCAUGUCGCUCUCUCAGAUCACCCCCACCCUGUUCCUCAGCGGGGCCGACGCCGCCCUCAACGCCGCACUGGUGUCGCAGAAGGGCAUCACCCUGAUCGUCAACGCCACACUCAGCCACGCCUGCCCCGCCUACCCGGGGGUGGAGUGUGUGCGGGUUCCCGUCUCUGACCUGCCCAGCGCCCGCCUCGGGGACCACUUCGACCGAGUGGCUGAGCGUAUCCAUGGCAACCGUGCAGGGGGCACCCUGGUGCACUGCGCCGCCGGUAUGAGCCGCUCACCCGCAUUGGUGAUGGCGUACCUGAUGCGUUACAGAGGAGUGACCCUUCGUCAGGCGCACCGCUGGGUCCAGGAGAGUCGACCCUACGUCAGGCUGAACGCCGGCUUCUGGGAGCAGCUGCUGCAGUACGAGCGGAGGCUGUACGGGAAAAACACCGUCAGGGUGGCAGCAGUCGAAGAGACGCCGAGGACACGGAGGCCUCUGACGCUGCCACCGCCACCGCCACCGCAGCAAACAAACCGGCUAACGCUGGUGCCCAGGUCACCGCUGAUGAGCCGGACAUCAGUGAUGUCACAAUCAUCUGCGAUGACACCAGCAAACAAACGAAGAAGAGGAACCAAAUCCAGCAGCAUCAAAGUCUGAGCACCGAGCCACUGCUGCACACAUACAGUAACCAGCGCCUACAUUACCCACAGUGCAACUGGACCACUGACAGACCCCACCCCGACCUGCCUCUCCUGCCUUCACGCCGCUCUACACACACCUCUGCAAAGGACGCACCGCUGUGGGCCGCAUGGACUCAACUUCCAGGGUCACUGAACCUCUGAUCCGGUAAAUCAGCCCAGUCACAGCAGUUUGCCACGAAACAAACACUGAGCUGAGAAGAACAUCUGCUCACUUAUUGUGCCAGGUUAACUCCGGCGAACGCUGGCAGCAGGAAUUUGUGCCACUGAUGAAUACAAGCCGUCCUCACAGAGCUGGGCUGUGAUUGUAAUUUAUUAACUGUAUGUGACCACUGAGUUUGACAGAAGGAUUCAAGGGUUUCAGGAAGCUCCUCUGUCAGAGUAUAAUCGGCUCCUCAUGGAGACACAGUCACCGAUCGGUGACCGGCAGCUAACUGCUAACCGCCAACUGCUAACUGCUGCUGUGACUGACUGGUGCUGAGGACUAAAUCCUGGUCCACCAACAUGUUCACCAUCCGCAGCGGGACACACAGACAGACUCUACUCAGAAACUUCCUGCUUUUAACAUUUUAACAUUACAGUGUUGGAGUGGUUCCAUAACUCUUCACUUUUUGGGUCCACACCUUCUUGAUCAUUUCCUGAAAAAUGGGCGUUUCCAGGCACUUGUUGCUCUGGAUAUUUCAGGUUUGGGACCUUGUUGGUUGUAUAACUCAGGCUGUCUUCAGUUCAGGCUGACUGAGUGUUUUUGAUUUUAGAGGAGCAGGCGAAGAAAAGCGGUGGUCCUGACGGAGUUUAAAACCAGCUUCUGUUUCCAGAGGGACCGACUCUGAUUCAGGCUGAAAUCCUUCAGACUUCUGACCUCUGAGGUCAUUGAUCAGACAAAGCUGCAGUUUUACAUCAGGACUAAUUUGUUCUGAUUUGUGGAUAAACUCUGACUGAUUUUCGUCUAUAUUGUCUCUCAGUUGGUCCUGCUUCGUCUUAACCAUCGCUGACAAAAGACGUCAAUUCAGCUUUGUUUAGUUCAAUUCAAUUAGCUUAUUUAGCACCAAAUCACAACAAAACUUAUCUCAUGACACUUUCCAACAGUCCUGUAGAUGUUGUUAUCAGCAGUUAACUUCACACUCAUCUCAGCAAUUAACGAAAUAUGUCGAUUUAAUUUCUGAAAGUCGAACAUGUACACCCGUCACGUCGUUGUGGGGCUCUGUCUCAUGGUAACAGCUAAACAACAGACUGUGGCUCUGAUUGGCUUGUUCCGCUGUCACAACAACAGCAAACCCGACGUCUGGAACCCGGACGAAAGCGGCGUCUCUUUUCAAACAACGUGGCCGACUCACUCCAAUGGAGAACUCAGUUUUAAGUAAAUAUAACUGGGUUUUAUUGGGAAGUGGAGAGGUGCUGAAACAGCCACUCAUUUAGACAGAAAUUUAUAAGUUUUUGUUUUGUUUGUUCAGAACGAAGCAGAGACAACAUCUGUGCUACUUGAACUUUGGAACCUGAGUGAACAUUUUGCGCUGUGUGACUGUUGUUGGUGAAUUUGUACAAAGAGUUUGUGGUGGGUGUUUGCACAUCUGGUCAGUUAUGGAGAAUAAACACCAAAAGAGUCAAAUUAACACGGGAACAAAACCUUACAAAUAACCUGCUUCUGUCUGUCAUCAUCAUCAUCAUCAUCACAGACAUCCUCAUGAGUAAAAUCUUCAUCUGUUUAUAUACAGUGAAGGUUUGCGUCGGUGAAUGACAGCUUUCCUCUGUCCAGACUCUGAUCCGGCUGUGAGUCCUGAAUCAAAGCCCUCAGAGACCAGGACAGACCAGUAUUUAAUCCUUUCUGGACUGUCAGGAAGCUGCUGUUCCUCUCCUCAUCUCACACUGCUCUGGUCUUCAAUUCAGGUGACUUAUAUGGCGCCAAUUCACAACAAAAGUUAUCUCAUGACACUUUCCAGUUAGAGCAGCUCGAGACCAAACUCUUUAAUCAAACUGUAACACAGAAACCCAACAUCCCCCCUUCAGCAAGCACUUGGCCACAGUGGAGAGGAAACACUGACUUUCAGAGGGCAGAAACCUCAGAGCAGACCCCGGAUCAAGAUGGACGUCCAUCUGCCUGGACCGGAUGGGUUGAGAGAGAGAGAGAGAGAGACAG